AGGAAGUGGUGGUGAUAAAAAAAACUCGCAGUAGAAGAUGGAAGUAUUUCUGUAUAAUUCUACUGUCUGUAGAUUAUGUGGAGAAGAAAAUGAUAAUGGCACAUUGUUAUAUUCUAGUGAAGAAAAUACCCAGAACUUAAGCGAAAUAAUUAAUACCUAUUUACCAAUCAAGGUAUCAGAUGACGGACAAUUACCUCGUACCAUUUGUCCAGGAUGCACUAUUCAAAUAGAAGCCACUGUAGAAUUUAUAACCUUGAUAAUAAAUGGACAGAAAAUAAUAAGAGAGUUGCAUCAACGCGAGAAGGAAUAUAAGAAGACAUUGUUGAACAAUGCAGUGGGGAAUAACCAAGAGAUUGUCACUGAGCAAAUUGUAUAUGAGAUUAACACCAGCGAUGGUGUCUACCAAGUGGAGCACCCGAUCGCCCUCCAAGUGGCCGGCCUGCAGAAGCCUAAACGCAAGCGAGGCCGCCCUCCUAAGAAGGCCAAGAGCCCGGAAGAGCUGGCUCAGGAGACCAUUGCCCGGCAGAAAGAGGAGGUUAAAGCUAGUCAGAAAGAGGAGGAGGUGCAGGGGAAACGAAGGAGGAAGACUCCUACGAGGUUCAAAGAAGCUGUUCAGGUAAAGAGUUUUUUAUACAUUCUGUUGACAACCGGUCUGGCUCAUCAAACCUACUUAAAAGAAACUUUAUUCCAGAACGCCGACAACCCUGAACCGUCUCCAGUGAAGACGGAGCAGCCUCAGGAGGCUUCGGAGGAACUACCCUCGGUGGAGAAGCUCGUCAGCAACGUGCAGGACACGCCGCUGCCGGCCGCCGUGCCGGACGGGAAACCGGACGAGAAACCGAUUAUCGCCCCAGAAGCAACCCCACCAGAGGCCGAAGUAGAAACGGAGACGGAAACAAUCGUGCUCGGCCCGUCCGGCAAGCCCAAGCUCAAGUGUCCGCAGUGCGACAAGAUGUUCAGCAACAAGCAGAGCCGCUCGCUGCACAUUAAGGUACUACAGCUUCAGUUGCUAUAG